AUUCAUUCAGUGGGGCCGUUAUAGCUGCCUGCAUGGUUCAAGUGUUUCAGUGCCUCACAUACUGCUGUCUGUUCUGCAUGUUCAGACAGAGGAGUGGUGAGAUGGAGAGAUGGCUCCCAGGUAGCCCUGACUAGACCACAGACGGAUGUCAGGAGACAUGAAGUCACACAUGUACAGUCAGAAGACCUGUGUGAGGAAGGAAAGGGUUAGCCUCAAGUGGCUGCAUUAGAAACGACCAGGAGCAGCAGACUAUUCACAAAUCAACAAAAUGUGCAUCUGGUGUGUGUGACGAGAUAAGAUAAAUAAAGAUUAAAAAAAACAAAAAACCUGCCAAUGGGCAAGAAAGCUAUCAGAAGUUGCUACACUUAGUUAACUGUUAACUCAUGUGCUCGCUGUGUGUCCUGCUAACGCGCUUUAAGCCCAGAGUGAGGUGUUGUGGUCGGGCUCAGCCUGCCCUGCGGCUCGGUAAUGACCCCUCAACCCGGAGCAGUGACUGUACCGAGUCCCUGCCGACAACGAGGACCGGACCGGACCGCCUCACAUGUCUGCACGUGGACUCCAGCUCCUCUGCACGCGCCAGGCUGCGCGGUUAAUGCGAUAUUACUCCGCCGUGAACUACCAGGGCAUGACAGCGCUAACAUUUGGGCUAACCCUUGUUCGACAUGGGGAAACACAGUACAAUAAAGAAGGCCUGCUGCAAGGCCAGGCUAUAGAUUCACCGUUGUCUGAGAUCGGGCUGCAGCAGGCUGAGGCUGCGGGUUGUUACCUGAAAGAUGUCAGGUUUACCGACGUGUUUGUCAGUGAUAUGCUUCGGGCCCAGCAGACUGCUGAAAAAAUACUGAAACACAACAGCAGCUGUUCUGGUCUACAGACGGUGUGUGACCCUUUACUUAAAGAGAAAAGUUUUGGGAUAGCAGAGGGUGGACGAGUGCAGGACUUGAGAGACAUGGCCGAGGCAGCCGGUCAGUCGUUUCCAGGCUUCACGCCUCCAGAGGGGGAGACGCAGGAGCAGGUGAAGCAGCGGGUCAAAGAGUUCUUGGAGAAAAUGCUUCAGCAAAUUGGGGCCAAACACUGGCAUGACAGAGGUGAGGACGAAACCCCCGUAUGUGCCUCACCAGAAGCUUCUCCCGUGGAGGGGAAGGCGGACGACGGGGUCAGGGGCGUCCCCGUCCAUGCUUUGGUUGUCACCCACGGGGCCUACAUGUGCGUGGCAGUGCGCUACUUUGUGGAGGAGUUAGAUUGCUCUUUGCCUCUGGGUUCUGACAAGACACACAUGUUCUCUUUAAGUCCCAACACAGGUCUGUGUCGGUUUAUACUAACCCUGAGGAAAGAGGACACUGGGUUCAAGCUGUCAGGGAUACGCUGUGUGUUUGUCCACAGAGGAGACCAUGUUAAACAGUAGGAGCCAGAUGAACAGAGGAAAUGUUCAUUUUGUACAUUUUAGAAAAAAAAGUCCAGAGCCUCAAUACUGAAAGUUUACCAUUAACAUCAUUUUAUUUAUAGGUUCUGUAUUUAUUUUCUUUUGGUGCUCAGUCACAAUAGAGUUUGUUCGUGUUAUUUGUCCAAUUUUGAGACUGAUGAAUGGACAAUAUUUUUCCUGGUUUUUCGAUAUAAGCAUUUUGGACAAAGACAAAAUCUUAGGUCAAGCAUUUAGGUGUUGUUUAUUAUUGGGAUAGCAGAAAAAAAACAUGAAAUACUUCAAUUAAUUGAAUGCAAAACUUUUCUUUUAAAAGCCCCAAAAAAUAUGGAUUAAAUAAUGCACAUAAUACAUCUUUGUUAUUUCAUACAGCGGCCUACAGCAGUGCAUGUUAAAUCUAGGUAUAUUCAGGCUUUGAGUGCUGUUUCAUUUAAGCUCGGACAGAUGGUUUGUGUUGCAGGGCAAUGUCAUCAUCACUUUGUUACUUUCUGGUUGUUCAUUACUGUAAACGUGGGCAGCAUUGUGCUCUAAUGAGUCUGUGUUUCUAUAUUUACCUCCGGAAGUUCAUAGAUUUUGCGUGGGAGCACAGAGCAGAGCUGCGACAGUGUUGACUUUUUGGAAAUCAGUGACUUUUUCAUUGUUGUGAAUUAACACUUCGGUCAAGAGAGAGUACACAUGCUACGUGCUGCACUGUUAAUGCCCUGCACUCUGCUCUUCUACUACUCUGCUUGUCACUCCACCCUCAGUGUAAAAUGAAAUUAUUUAUAGAAGAUAAAAAUGACUUUUCCAAUGUGAUAAUCAAAAGAAUGUACAGUGUGUGACCUCUGGGCUGGAUUAUAUGAGAAAACAUUCAGUGGCUGUUGUCACUGGGAUCAGAAAAUGG